AGAAUUACAAAAGAGGAAGAGCUUUCUAUUUUCCGUCAUUUUCCCGAGAAAAUAGAACCAAACGGUGCUCGGAAUUCAGGAACACAAACAACACAAUCAGACAGAUCCACAGAAUUGCACCAACGCAAAAUCCCCAUUGCCCUGUUCUUCAAUCUCCCUCCUAAUUCUUCAUCACUUCCAUUAAUUCUCUGUUCUCAUACCACACUCACCAAUCUCAAAAAAAUAAUUCAAAUUUCUCGUUGUGAGUUCCAAUCUGAAUCGAUUUCUGGGAAAAAAAAUUAACACCCAGGUGAAUUCUCACGAAAAUCUGAAAUGGGUUUGCGCUAUUGAUUCGACAGAUGCAGAUGGAAAGGGAUAAAUGGAAUGAGCCUAACAAUGGGUGUUACGACAAGUUUUUGUUUGAUUCUGAUCGAGAGACACCGAGUAGAGAGCGUAGCCCCACGAUGCCUUCUUCGUCUGUGUCUUCAUCUCCUCCCAGAUAUGGCUACAUCGAGCACCCUGUAUCCAAAUUGGACACCUUGGUUGGCAUCGCAAUCAAGUAUGGUGUUGAGGUUGCUGACGUCAAAAAGAUGAAUAGCCUUGUUACAGACCAUCAGAUGUUUGCGCUCAAGAUUCUCCAUAUUCCAUUACCUGGAAGGCACCCUCCAUCCCCUUGUUUAUCAAAUGGUUCCAGUACACCAGGACAUGGUGACUCCGAUCACAGUUCACCUGAUCGCGCGCACCGUGACCUGCUUGAAUCAUUCCAAUCCCUGAGAGUGAAGCCUUCUGAGCGGAAGGUCUCCGCGAAGGUCUCCCCAGCCAUGAGCUCAUUACAGGGUUACUAUGGACUUAAAGGGACCACUAGUUCCUCAGAAAACGGUCCAUCAUCCAGGAAUUCUCCCAUGUCUGAACGACCCCUGAGUCAUCACCGUAAAUCCAAAAGUUUGGUCAAUGUAAUUUUGGAAGAGAUUAUGGAAAAGUCUGAUAUUUCACUCGCAGAAGGUAACUCCAAUAACUGGAAUGACAAACUUGUUCAGAGGCGUGAGAAAUCUGUAGCCGACUUUACCAGGAUACCAGAGUUGCUUUUGAAGGAGGAUAAUGGCAGCAGUGGUGGUCUUCCAUCAAGAACAGGAAAGGGAUUAGCUCUGAGACAGAAGGCAGCUAGCCGAACUGCGGUUGCAACUGAUUCUGAAUCAAGUGGUUUAAAUCCGGGGCCAUUAGGCUUGGGAGAUGCUUUUCCAUCUGAUGGUUCAUCUGGUGUAAGGAAAUCAUCAAGUACAUCUUGUUUACAUGAUCAGGAUAAUAGUGGCUGCUCCUCGUCCAUUUGGCCGGCCUCGAUGUGGAGUUUGAAACCAGAUUUACAGGCCCGUUCAACUGCUGGAAAACCAAUCUUUGAUGGCUUGCCCAAGCCAAUAUCUGGUCGAAGAAAUAAAGCUGCACUUGAUUAAUACACAAUAAUUUAUCAAAACAGUUUUGAACUUUUGAUCCUUUUUGGGAGGUAAUGGAAUACCAUAGCCUGUAUAUCUAUCCUUUUUGGUCCAAUGGGUAGUUUGCAGAAGUUAAACAAGGUAGAAGGAAAUGGGGGAAAAAAUCAAAUAUCACAUUUUCUCUAUCAAUAGGAGGAAUGUCUGCAGAAAAUACUUACAAUUUAUUUUUAGUAAAAGUUGUUUUGGCUCCCAAUGGUCUUCUGAAGAAUAUUGGACUGAAAGGGGACCAUAUUCCUCUACCUUGUCAUUGACCUAUUUUUUGUAUAGUCAGUCAUAAUGAUAUUUUUGUGGACUUGGGCAACUACAGUGACUGCCAAAGUGCUCUGAAUGAAACAAGCUUCUCGUAUUGGAUAUGUACAUUAUGAUUACUUUACUAUAGACAUCCUAAAUGAGAAAUCGGUUCAUAGGUCACACAAGAAGUUCCUUCUACUAUUUGUGCUUGUUAAACUUCGGUUCAAGAUUCCAAGCAAAUCCUAUGCUGGUAUCAAGUUUGCCCAAAGGAAAAAUACAUCCUUUUAUCGAA